UAUCUUCCGAUGGAAGCGCUCUUGGCCGACGAAGAGAACCAGUCCCGGCGUACGUUCUGCCAGCUCUCCUUCGGGACGAUCUACGACAAUGCGGAGCGCGGCCAGACGUCCGUGUCCAACCUGCGCCACUUCUUCGAGCGGCAGAGCGCCGCCCAGCGCAAGCAUGCCGAAACGAUGCUCGAGUACGUGAACGACGUCUUCAAGCCCACGGAGACCAACGGCAUUGGCGAGCUCGCGACCUUUGAAGAGCAAGGCACGAGUAUCAAGCGUACGCUUGGCCAGCUGCAGCAGUAUGCGCUGGCGCUGCACACGCAGCAGCUCGUGUGGACGCAGGUCGUGGACGAGCACGUCACACGCCCGCUGUCGUCGCUGCAGUCGGCUUCGAGCAGCUACAUUCAAACCCUCGAGAAUGAGAUUGUGCGCGUGAACGAGGAGUACUCGAUGGUGCAAACCAUGCAGGUCAAGGUCAACGACGCUUACAUGGAAGCGAAGCGCCUUGUUGCCGAGGCCAAGGCCCAGCAGCGCCGUGCGCUGCACGAGAUUGGCGUCCCGUCGUUCGAACUGCAACGGCUCGCUGCGCGCGUAACCAAGUGUGAGCGCGCGCUUCGCGAAGCGAACGAAGAGAAGCUCGCAACAAAGAAGCUUCUUCUCGCAAAGAUCGUAGCCCGCGACGAGAUGGCCAUGGCCGUCAGCGUCGCGUACCAGCGCGCAGAGGAAGAGCGCAUGGACCAGAUCGCAUCGUGCCUCCAGAUGUGGGUGUCGGUCGAGCGAGACCAGCUCAAGUUCCGCGAGGCGCAGCUGCGCGCCAUGGACGAACUUGUGACGCGCCUAGACCGGUCCGCAGAUCUGCAGCUGCUCAUUCACAACCGUCAAAACCCCGACAACAUGCAUUUCCAAGGAAAAGCGCUCUCGAUCUUGGAGUGGCACUGGGGGCGCGAGUUGCAUCAAGCAGCAACGACGACCGCGGACGAUCCAUUGGACGAAGACGAGCUGGACGCGGCCAACAUUACAGUGGCUGCACCGUCGCGACCAUCGGUGCAAGACAGCCUCUCGUAUCUGUUCGAGUCCACGGGGCUGCCAGACGAGAGCGACGAAGAAGUUGAGCUGCCUCCGCGAUUCUUCGACGAUAUUGCGCAGUGGUGCGCGACUCACGAGGGCCGCCUCGAGUUUGUGAAGACGCUCAACCGCCAACGCAGUGUCGAUACGAAGCUCUACCGCGUCGACUGCUUUCGGCACCUUGUCGCGUGCUUUGACGUGUCUUUGAUGCGUGCGCCGCCCAGGACGACGUCAAAGCGGCCAAGACCGCGAUGAUGCUUGCUGCAACGUUCUAUUACGUGCCAAUCGAGCACCGCGAGGCCGCACGUGCAAUCGACGACGAGGGCCACCACCGCAUUGCGCGCAAAUACGUGCAGGAGGACAUCAAGCACCAUGUCAUUUGGCGCAACGCCAAGUUUUGGGAGAAGGCGCUGCUGCUUGCCAUUGGCGAAGAGCUUCACAAGGCACCGCAGGAGGUUCCAUGGGAAGAACUCCCAACCAACGUACCCCGCAGCCACGGCGUAUUUACGCGAGAAGAAGCUGUGAGUCUGGUACACAACAUUGUGUUUGGGCAACUCGGAUCGUUCACGCUGAGCAUGCUUGAGCUGGACGUUCCAAUUGAAGACAUUCGCCACUUUAUCGAGACCAUGUGCGACGCCCACGAGCUCACGGAAGACCAGCGCUUCAUUCUGCGCGCCAACCUUCGCGACAUUGCGCUCAAGGGCUCGACGCUGUAGCACCGUAGUAGUCGAAGAGCAGCGUCGAUUGGAUGGCUUUAAACCGAGUAGUGUUUUCGAUGGGCCGUUGUCCA